CGUUGUCUUCAUGUUAAUUGGCAUUAUGAUCAUGUAUUUGGUUUUGAAGAAGAAACCAAGUUUGUUAAAGGGCAGCAAACGCGUCGUCAAACCAAAACAUAGCUCUGGCGAAAUUGUCGUCUUGCCACGUUCAAAAGCAGCUCAGAAAUUCCAUUAUAAAGAGAAGACAGUAAGACAACAAUGCACCCACCAUAGGUUCUGUUCCUUUUUGCCUAGACGCAGCUCCAUGGAGAGCAUGGCCAGCAGCGACAGUUAUAUAAACCAAAAUGUUUACGAAGUUAUUCCGACUUAUAUAACAUUCGAUAAAAUACCACAAAUAGAUGCACCCGCACAGCCAGAACCUCAAAUAUUCAACAAUUAUGAGUGUCGAUCCUCUUUUCCCCAUAGAGAGAGUGUGAGAUAUGCGCAGAUUACGCCGCGAACCAAACGCAUUUCCAGUGAUCCAUUGCCAUCGCUUCCAACUGACUUAUAAUUGGCCA